AUGAAGUUCACCAUCUCCCUCGCAUCGCUCGUCGCCGUGACGAGCGCAUUCCCGCUUAUCACCCGCGACUCGGCUACCACCAGGACGGAACUCGAGGCUGGAAGCUCCUCUGCCUGUCCCAAGGCCAUCCUGAUCUAUGCGAGGGGCACGUCGCAGGCAGGCAACAUGGGCGAACAACCCGGGCCGAUCCUCGCCGAUGCCCUCGAGGCCUACUAUGGUGCCGCGAAUGUGUGGGUACAGGGUGUAGGCGGCGCGUACACCGCUGGUCUGCUCGACAACCUCGCGUCCAAGGGCACGUCUACUGCCGCAAUCAACGAGGGAGCGCGUCUCUUCAAGCUUGCCAACACCAAGUGCCCGAACACCCCUGUCGUUGCCGGAGGCUACAGCCAAGGUGCAGCCCUCAUCGCGGGUGCAAUUCCCACUCUCUCGACCACGGUGAUCAACCAGAUCAAGGGCGUCGUCCUCUUCGGCUACACCCGCAACAAGCAGAACAACGGUGGAAUCCCGAGCUACCCCCAGUCCAACCUGGCGGUCUACUGCGCGGAUGGAGACCUCGUGUGCGACGGAACCUUGAUUGUGUUGCCUGCGCACUCCACCUACCAGGACGAGGCUGCGGAUGAGGCUCCCAAGUUCUUGGAGAGCAAGAUUGGCCCCAAAUAAGGUGUCAAUAGUUGGAGAGGGAAAUCUUAUCAUUCAUGUCUAUUAAUUUACGAUGACGAGGAUGGAUCUUUUACGAACGGAUGAAUAU